CACACACACACACACACACACACACACACAGACAUUUAUUUAGACAUUAUAUUUUUAUUCGUAACAUUUCUGUAUAGGAAUUUUUUUGUAAUACGAUAAUAUGAUAUAUUUUUAAAAAUUGUAUUCUUUAUAACGCUUUACCUUAUUUAUAUGACGAAUAUUAUGAGUAUAUAUCAUUUGUGUUAUAAAUAAUUUUCAUAUCAUUAACAAAUAAUCUACAUGAACGUUAAAUAUGAGCGCUCGUGUUUAUCGAUUGACACACGAAAUGCGACGUAUGAUAUACGAAAUGUUAUAUGAUAUCAGAUGAAUAUUCUCGACUUCAAAAUCUAUCACGUACAAUCAAAUAUUUUGUUAAAUAAAACCUUAAUGUAUAAUGCUUGGGCGAAGUGUUAUUUACAAAUUCGUAAACUUGCUGUGUUUAUAGUACGCUGUAUUUACAAGAUCGGAAUCUUUUUUCAGCAUUAAUUUCUUAGUUAUAUUAUAACACGAAAUUGGUAGAAAGUAUUUCAUUAAAAGUCUCAGAAGUAAAACAACUCAGCGGCAGUUUAAAUUUUUUUUUCGUUUCGAGCAUCCGUCGAGCGUCUUUUAACGAGUAUUUUAUUUUAAUACUUGUUUCAUUGAUUCACGGCUGAAUUAUCGCGACAUCAUUGAUUACUAUAGUAAUUAUUAUACAAUUUUAUAUAUUAAAUAUUUAACGCAAAUUUUCAUACCAUUUUAUUUUCCAUCGAUCGAAUUGAAUCGAUUUUAAAUUCAAUUCAUUUCGUUUCUUUUCUGACACAAUUGUUCUCGACGUAUCUCAGUGUUAAUUAAUUAGGAUAAUACGGAGUUGAAAUCUUUUUUUUUUUUUUAUUUAACUAUACAUUAAAAUUUUCCAGUGUAAUACGAAUAAUUGGCUUGAAUAAUUAUAUAAGCAUGAAAUUCACUUACGUCUAUUUUCUAAUAAUCGGAAUAUGCGGGCUCAUCGUUGGAUAUAAUGAAGAAUACUAUCCAAAUGUAUACGAUCAAGUGGACAUAGAUGCGAUUUUUAAUAGCGAACGAUUUUUAAAUCAAUAUAUAAAUUGUUUGCUCGAUGAGGGUCCUUGUACCGCCGAUGGACGUAGUCUUAAACAAAUACUUCCUGAAAUAUUGGCCACACAAUGCGCGAGAUGUAACGAGUACCAGAAGAAAAUAGGAAACAAGCUUUGGCAACUGAAGGAAAAAAAGCCAAAUGUAUGGAAUCAGUUUCAAACGAAAUACGAUCCUGAGAAUAUAUAUUUCGAUAAGUUUGAAGCAUAUCUUAAGGAUUAAUAUUUUCCUGUAUGUAUAUAUGUAUAUAUAAUAUGGGAAUAUAAAAUAUUAAUCAUACAUAUAUAUAUAUAUAUAUAUAUAUAUAAUACAUACAAGUAUGUAAAUGUUAUUCAUACAUAAGUAUAAAACGUAAUGUAACUUAUGUAACAUUUAAUUUCAAUAAUAAACAUUUUAUUAAUUUUGC